GACGUCGGACAGAAAUACAAGGGGAACCUCUUGGUAUUAGUUCUUUUGCGUUUAAAUAUGAGUUUAAUACGUAUGCUUUUCUAUGUGAGGGUCGUACUGUCACGUUAUCCUGCUGAAAGUCAAGAUGGUUCGCGAUGUGCUGAUAUUGUUUGGCAUUAGAGCGCGAAACCUAAGAUGGGAGAGAGGCAAAUACCAAAUGUUCGAGGCUUUGGGGUGUCAUUCAUGUUUUAAGUCUCAGUGUGCGAGCUGGCGGGUCCACGUGUCAGAAAGGCUGUUCACCAGUUCGUGCCACCAGUUGAGUGCGGGACCUCAGAAGCAGGUGUGUGAAGUUGUCCUGCAGCACUUUGACCAGCAGUACAGUCUGGAGCUCGGCCAGCUGUGGGUGGUAGCCAGGGAGGUACUCCUGCAGCCACACUGCUGGCAGUAUGGAAUCAUGCUGAACCGCUUCAGUGCUCCAGAGGAUCUGAAGCAGCGGCUCUGCCUGCAGGGCUUCUCCAGCCUUGUAGACCACGGCUCCCUGCAGUGCCUUGUCCAUCCAGCUCGCACCCGCUUCCCCUCGCAGAAGCAUCAGCCCGGCUGGCUGAAACAAUACUACCUGCUCAACACGGCCUCCCUGCUCCCUGUGCUGGCCCUGGACGUGAGAGAAGGAGACCGGCUCCUGGACAUGUGUUCAGCUCCUGGGGGCAAAGCUCUGGCGGUCCUCCAGUGUGCCACACCAGCCUUGCUGCAUUGCAAUGAGUUAAACUUUCAGCGGCAGCAGUGGCUGAGCAAAACCCUGGAGUCCUACGUCCCGCCAGCUGUAAGAAACAUUCUCACGGUCUCUAACCUGGAUGGAAGAACGUUUGGGAAGAUCCACGCUGGCACUUUCGACAAGGUUCUGGUGGACGCCCCAUGUUCUAAUGACCGGAGCUGGCUGUACUCAGCCCACCCGCAGCAGAGUACCGUGAGGCUGGGGGAGAGAACCAGACUUCCAGAGAUCCAGAGGGACCUUCUCAGCCACAUGGGAGUCGGGGGGAGUGUGGGGACCCCUCACCCCCCCGUUCCCGGCAGUAAAGAGAGACGGACGCCCACACUCUGUGCCGUAACUGUCGUACAUGGCAAACUUUGUGUUGGACGGGUGCCGCCUCGUGCCUUUAAAGGCGUGUUUGUGCUUCCUACUUCCUGUGUAGGUGUCUGCACAUCCUCAGUGUUUAUAUCCUCACACCCCAGCCUGAUUUUCCCUCGAAGCUUUAAAUUAGUUGUAAUCUCCGCCGUUCUCCUUCUAUAGCAGAUUACGUACCAAUGACUUGAUUCGGCAGAGGUGACAACGGGUCAGUUGUGGAGGUGUUUAAGGUACCGGAGGAAGUUGAAGCGUUGCCUGGCGGCGUCUCCAGCACCAUGGAUGUCAGGCUUCCCGCCCGCUCACGCUCUGGGAGUGUUUCAGCGCCUCUCUCAGCCUUUUCCCUCAUAUGCUGCCCUUGGUUUCCGCUCCGGAACUCAUCGCUUUCAUGCUGCACAUAAAUUCCAGCACCUACUUUCCAGGCUGUUUAGUAUGGAGGCCGCAGAGGCUCCAUCACGCUCCUGCGUCUGUAAGAGAUGCUUAGACGGACGAGGCCCCUGGUUCAUACAGCAUGACGGCUGCACUGCCCUGCAUCGCCCGGGCCUGGACCCCCCCUGCUUCCACAGCCUCCAUAAAUUAUCUGCACACACCUAAAUCUCUCAGCAAUUUUCCAUCUCAGUGGUUGCAACCAGUGAAGUUUCCUGCAUUCAUGAGAGAGGACCAGACUUAAGUGAUGUACUGGAAUUGUCUGGAAGUAGUUACUAAAAACUAGAAACCUGCUUAUCGGUGCAGAACUCAUUGUUUAAUGGUCGUGUUAAACAUCAGUGUCCUUAUUUUUCUCUCUGAUGUAUGCAAGGGAGUGAUUUUUAACCAUGGUUAAAGUAGCCUCCGUCUUUGUUAAAAACUCAGCCGCUGUGUAUAUACACAGAAUAUAAGUUUUUGGUGAAACUAAGAUGUUCAGUGUAUCUUAAGCUGUUUUUGUUUGUUUGUUCAGCAUGUUAUAAAUGGUAGAACUGAAUGCAUCCGGCUUUUCAGUUCAUCCUGUAGGAGACCUCAGCUUGUGUUCCUUCCAUCUCCACUAUUGAGGUUUGUGGGAACCUUACGCGCCUUAAGAGCCCGUGUCCGCAGCUUGGAAACGAAAUGGACGCUCGCUCUUCCAUUUCCAUUCAUUUAUUUAACACACGCUUUUGUCCAAAGAGAGAUACAAAUGAGGCAAAUGGCACAUUACAAACACACGGCUGUCAGGGUGUCGACUAGGCAUGAAUACAAUAGGCUGAGCUUAUAAUGAAUGCUCAGUUACAUGUGUUGCUUUCUUCCAGUCAGUCACUGUACAAUAAUUACUCGACUGGCUGCAGGCAUCUUCGUGCCAAAGUCUUUGACCCCAUUAGUCAAUACUAAUAAAGGAUUAAUUAGAGUUCAGCUGUUUGAAUACUCUGCUGCUGGUGGGGGGAGGGGGUGUUGAUGUGGGUCAGCCCUGUCCAGUGUAAAUAUUUAGCCUUCACCUUCAGAGUGAGGCUAUGGUUAAACAGAGAUCACGAGAAGGUGGUGUUCUGUCAGUGUGGAGUGGCUUACAGGACCAUGUCUUAUUCUCUGGGGCUCCACCAGACCACAGUCAUCCCAAUGGGGAAAGCCUGGAGAAAACAGUGAAUAAUAAGGCAAGACACAAAACCCUCCAGGAUGUCGCAAAGACCCUAGAAUAACAGGGAAGGAUCUGAGUACCUUCUUAGCCACAGUCAAAGUCAGUGUCCAUGAUUCAGUCACCAAAUAGGCAGAGGAAGAUCUAUGGACUUCUCAUGCUUCACAGCAACACCAUGGAAACCUCAGAAGAGCAUGAUAUGGAGAGGAUAAAAUACUGCCUUCACGUUUGCCACAGGAUGAUCCUCCUCAAUUUUGGGUGGAUGCGUUGUCAAUGAAUCAAGGCACUGGCCUUUAAAAUCUGAUUUUUUUUAAAGGAUAUAUAUAUCACUGCAUUGCAGUGAAGCCCCACAUGACUGAGGGCCAGUGGUAGUGGUGUCGUGGUUUGUGGCCGUUUUGUGCAUCGGAACCUAGCUGACAUGCACUUACAGAGGGAAUCACGUGUCUUUCUGUGAUCGAGAGGAAAGUGAAGCCAUCUGUCCAUCAGCUGACGCAAAACAAUCUUGCACGAUGCCAGAAAAAUCACAUGUAUAUUUCAGGACUAAAUUAUUUUACAUUGAAUUAUACACUGUUUCUUCAGUCAUGUUUCCUUAUAUUGUUUUCUUGUCGAAGAUUUGAUGGCAUUUGGUGUCAAAUAUGCAUAUAUGUAGAAAACUGAAACUUCGAAUGUAAUUUCAGCUGCUGGAAACAAUCAGUUAAGACAAGCUAGGAAAGUUGAGUCUUUGUAGCCCCAUCCUGGCCACGAACUGUAUGUUUUGGAAUCUUGAGGUGGCUUCUCUCUCCUCCAAUGAAAAACACCGCUUCACUGCUCCAGGUACUGACUGCGGCACUGUGUGCACCGUCAACCGGCAGGGGGCCUCAGCAUCACUGUAUCGCGAGGGCCAAGCUGUCCCCACCACACUCAGUCAGCAGCCCUCCUCCUCCAGGAUACCAGCUUCUCAUAACACGUCCUUGUAGUAAACUGCAGUCCAGGUCAAUGGGACAAGAUGUGCAAAAAUAGUUGUGAGAAUCCCCCAGGUUUGAGCUCCUCAAAAAGAGCAGUCCAGUCAAAUCUGGUUAAAUCCGGUUAAAUCCCACUUAUUCACACAAAACAUGAAAAGGAAGCUAGCAGCCACUGCCUCCCCUGGACCCAACAAAAAGCUUGAUAAAUCCCAUUUUACAGGGUCUCCCAUAUAUUUCUAAAAAACAGGUGUACACAAAGACCCGAACAUGGGGAGAUUAAGGAAACCAGCAUCGCUGACCAAUUCUCACACUCGUGAUUAACUACCCUAAUUCUGUGUGGCGGAAACACUAAUCAUUGAACACUCCAUAGAAACUAUGAAGUAAUUAACUGGCAAUAUUUAAUUAAUGAAUAUAAUUAAUAUGGGUGUGCCGAUGUGGUUGGGUGAACGGCUGGGUUCAGGCAAGGUAUCGAAGCCCCAAGGUGACGUGGGGGUGCCAUUUGGGGGAAGGGUCCUAAGCCCUCCAGGAGGUACAUUUGGUACCGCAAAGGCUGGGCCCCCGCAUGAGUGCUGUGACUCCUCCAUAAUCUCGACGCGUCGGCUGCAUCUCUCCUGUUCCGCCUCUGUGGCACGGUUGCAGAGUGCCGCCUUGCAUGCAUGGUACAGUAUACCUCUGCUGACCUGAAUAUUAAUGAAACCCCCUGCCAGCUGACGCUCUGACGCGAGCCGUUCACACCGCUGUGAGGCCUGAGAAUUGUGCACGCGCUCUCACACUGUGAGCACUUACUGAAGCUGUAACAGUGUAGAUUGAUGCAUUCCGUUUUCCUCCUGCUGUACCUGGGGCCCAUUUAUUUAUUUGCAGUUAGUGUCUGCAGUAAUGCAAACAUAUGAGGACUGACCUUGAACGACUUUGUGCUACUGUGUCGGAGGGGGGGUUGGUCAAUUAACAUGGAUGGUCUCUCUGCAGGUUUCUCUGCAGGGUCUCUCUACAAAGAAAUGAGUCAGUUCCCACAUGAACACUAACCAUCAGGAGAGACCAGGACUUAAAAACCAAGCAUUUUUAAUACUCUAAGCUCUCUUAGGAAAACGAAUCAGACUGUCCACUUUGGUUGGUUGAUGGAGAGGCCUGCUUAACCCUUAGGGCCGUCUGGAGUGCACUUCCUACAUACCGCCAUCACUCAGAAUCACUGCUGAUAGCCUAUUGCUGUAAUACCGCCUUGUUUGUUUUCCCUCAUGUCUUUUUAGAAUCGUUAUGUGCAGUUAUGUCUAACUGUCUGCAGACAGAAUUCAGUGAUACUGCUAGAGCAUCAUACCUGUUCCUUUUCCUGAUCACGGCACAAAGCGUUCAGCGAGAGGUAACGGCGGGGUCAGCGAACGUUCAUUUACCCAGAUGGGACUUCGGCACAGCAUUCGAACAGUUAAAAGCUUGCCUUUCAAAUUGGUACUUGGAAACAGUAACUUAUCUUUCACACCUCAAGUGACAAUGAUUCAGCUUCACUCCCACAUCUUCCAAACGCUCUUUCGUGAUUAUGCUCUUCCAGAGUUUUGAGCAGCGCCGUAGCUCUCUUGAGGAGGCUGAUUGAGUUUUACAGCGGAACAGGACACACUUUCUUUGCGUGGCAUUUGUCAGAGGCAGCAGUGUAUGAGCUGUGUCAUUGAGGCAUUUAAAUAAAAGCUUUGGGUGCAGCUAGGUCUUAAACCUCACAUGCGCUGUAGGGGAACCAAGGACUGUCUGGCCAUAGUCGAUUAGUCCUGUGCUACAAACAUAAUUGAAUUAUACCAGAGUAAAUUCCAAGCAGAAUCUUCUAAUGAUGAAUAAUGUUGUACCGUAGGCGAUAAGCCUUCCUUCUCCAGGUUAAUGUGCCACUGGCUCACUGUGCACCCAGCUAGCCUGCAUGGCUGCUGUGUUCUUCAACUUCAACCUAAAAUAUGACGCUUGAGAUCAGAGUGGAUUUAAAGUAUUAGUAACCUUUCUGUAGAGGCCUCCUCUGACAGCAUGAUGGGCGACACAUGUAUUUGGGCCAUUCGGUAAGUGAGCAGAUAACCAGUUGGUGUCAUCCCCCCAGUGGGUGUUGUGGGAUGGUGACGAGUUUGUGUGGGAUGACCAUGUGGGACACUUUAUUUUGCUAGUCUGGCUAUGGGUAAACACUGAUCUGGGGUCAGUGAAUUUUAAGUUAUUAAUUGCAGCAGCUUGAAAAAUAUACAAAAAACAAAUUGAAUGAGAUUUCCUUGCUUUUUCUGAUGUCAUUUCCUGUUUGUGUUGCCGCUGGCGAU